AUGCCGUUAGAAUCGAACCCGUCUCUUCAGUUGGCGAAUCGACAUCCCCAACCGUUGAGCAACCACCCGCCCCACAACAAGAUUAAUCAAUAUCGGCGCACGCCAUGCACUACGCCAGUGUUUACGCCGCCGCCGCCAUCGGGGGCUAAUGAAAUAAUUAAGUUUCCGUCCGAUUGCAAUUUGCGUUGGGAAUUUCGGGUGCCGGUCGACGCCUUGUUACGUGAUCGAUUAGGCAGGCACCAGAUGGGCACGCCGCGCCCGACGGUGCGCAGCGCUAAUUUGCAAUUUUACGCGGUUCUUCCUCAUCUCGUGCCGAAUUUAAUA